GGGCAAAACCCGGAAGUCGCGGCUCCGCCCCGGAAGUGAAGCUGUUGGAUUCCGGGGCAGGCUGAGUCCGGCGUCGGUUGCCAAGGAAGCCCGGUUGCUACGGAGGCAGCGGCAGGCCGCUAACACGCUCCCUCCCCAAACAAUCGCGCCGGGCUGAGCCCCUCCCCCUUGGCCCCGCAGCAUGUUCAUCUACCUGAGCAAAAAGAUUGCAAUUCCUGGUAACGUUCGACUAAGAUGUAUAUCUUGGAACAAGGAACAAGGUUUCAUAGCUUGUGGUGGAGAAGAUGGAUUGUUGAAAGUUUUAAAACUAGAAACACAGACAGAUGAAGCUAAAUUAAAAGGACUUGCAGCUCCUAGCAAUCUUUCAAUGAAUCAAACUCUUGAAGGUCACAGCGGUUCUGUACAAGUGGUGACCUGGAAUGAACAGUAUCAAAAGCUAACUACCAGUGAUCAAAAUGGACUUAUCAUUGUAUGGAUGUUGUAUAAAGGUGCUUGGUAUGAGGAGAUGAUCAACAAUAGAAAUAAAUCUGUUGUUCGAAGUAUGAGCUGGAAUGCUGAUGGACAAAAGAUCUGUAUUGUGUAUGAAGAUGGGGCUGUGAUUGUUGGUUCAGUGGAUGGUAAUCGUAUUUGGGGGAAAGAUUUGAAAGGUUCACAACUGUGUCAUGUAGCAUGGUCCUCAGAUAGCAAAACUCUACUCUUUGGAAUGGCAAAUGGAGAAAUUCAUAUUUAUGACAACCAAGGGAAUUUUCUUAUGAAAAUGAAACUGAAUUGUUUGGUGAAUGUAACUGGAGCAUUCAGUAUUGCUGGAAUACAUUGGUACCCUGGUACAGAGGGAUAUACUGAGCCAGAUUGCCCUUGCCUUGCUAUCUGUUUUGAUAAUGGAAGAUGCCAGAUAAUGAGACAUGAGAAUGACCAAAACCCUGUUUUGAUUGACACUGGUAUGAAUGUAGUGAGUAUCCAGUGGAACCACUGUGGAAGUGUGUUGGCUGUGGCAGGCUUCCAAAAAGCAGCUACUCAAGAUAAAGAUGUAAAUCUGGUGCAGUUCUACACUCCUUUUGGUGAGCAUUUGCGUACACUGAAAGUUCCUGGCAAGCAGAUGUCAGCAUUAUCCUGGGAAGGAGGUGGACUGAAGAUUGGGUUAGCUGUUGAUUCUUUUAUAUAUUUUGCAAACAUUCGGCCAGAUUACAAGUGGGGUUACUGCUCCAAUACAGUGGUAUACGCAUAUACCAGGCCUGAUCGUCCUGAAUACUGUGUGGUUUUUUGGGAUACAAAAAACAAUGAAAAAUAUGUGAAAUAUGUCAAGAGUCUGAUUUCUAUAACCACUUGUGGAGACUUCUGCAUUUUGGCAACUAAAGCUGAUGAAAACCAACCUCAGUAUGUGCUGGUUCUCUGCAAUUCGAUUGGUACACCCCUUGAUCCAAAAUACAUCGACAUUGGACCGUUAUUUGUUACAAUGACCAAAACCCAUGUGAUAGCAGCUUCAAAAGAAGCAUUUUAUAUUUGGCAAUACCGUGUUGCCAAGCGGCUCACAGCAAUGGAAAUUAAUCAGGUAGCACGGACUAGAAAAGAAGGCAGAGAGAGGAUUUUUCACAUUGAUGAUACCCCUUCUGGAGCUAUCGAUGGAGUGCUUGAUUACAGCAAGACCAUUCAAGGGACAAGAGAUCCAAUUUGUGCAAUAACCGCAUCUGAUAAGACACUAAUAGUGGGGCGUGAAUCUGGCACCAUUCAGAGAUAUAGUCUUCCUAAUGUUGGAUUAGUUCAGAAGUAUAUCCUGAACUGUCGAGCCUAUCAAAUGUCUUUGAAUUGCACCUCCAGUCGCCUGGCUAUCAUAGACCUUUCUGGAAUUCUAACAUUCUUUGACUUGGAUACACGAGUAACAGACAGUACAGGACAGCAAGUCGUAGGCGAGCAGUUGAAGUUGGAGCGCAAAGAUGUCUGGGAUAUGAAAUGGGCCAAAGAUAAUCCAGACUUGUUUGCUAUGAUGGAGAAAACAAGAAUGUAUGUUUUCAGAAACUUGGAUCCUGAGGAACCCAUUCAGACUUCUGGAUAUAUUUGCAACUUUGAAGAUUUAGAAAUUAAAUCUGUUCUGUUGGAUGAAAUAUUAAAAAACCCUGAGCAUCCUAACAAAGAAUAUAUAAUUAACUUUGAGAUCCGAUCACUACGAGACAGUCGUGCAUUGAUUGAAGAGGUCGGGAUUGAGGAGUCUUCCCAAUUCAUUGAAGAUAAUCCACAUCCUAGACUUUGGCGUCUCCUGGCUGAAGCUGCUCUUCAGAAGCUAGACCUACAAACUGCUGAACAAGCAUUUGUGCGCUGCAAAGACUAUCAAGGCAUUAAAUUUGUGAAAUGCCUAGGAAAUCUGCAGAGCGAGUCAAUGAAGCAGGCUGAAGUGGCAGCUUACUUUGGCCGCUUUGAAGAAGCUGAAAGAAUGUAUUUGGAUAUGGACCGAAGAGAUCUAGCUAUUGGUCUACGGAUAAAACUAGGAGACUGGUUUCGAGUAUUGCAGCUAUUGAAAACAGGCUCAGGCGAUGCAGAUGACACCCUUCUUGAACAAGCACAUAAUGCUAUUGGAGACUAUUUUGCAGACAGACAAAAAUGGAUAAAUGCUGUACAAUAUUAUGUACAAGGAAGAAACCAGGAACGUUUAGCUGAAUGUUACUACAUGCUAGAAGACUACCAAGGACUAGAAAAUCUGGCUAACUCACUUCCAGAAAAUAACAAGUUACUUCCUGACAUAGCUCAAAUGUUUGUCAGAGUGGGGAUGUGUGAACAAGCUGUCACUGCGUUUCUGAAAUGUAAUCGACCAAAGGAUGCAGUAGAUACCUGUGUACAUCUCAACCAGUGGAAUAAAGCUGUUGAGCUGGCUAAAAAUCACAAUAUGAAAGAGAUUGGAUCCCUACUAGCUAGAUAUGCAUCUCAUUUACUGGAAAAGAAUAAAAUCCUUGAUGCCAUAGAACUCUAUCGUAAAGCCAACUAUUUUUUUGAUGCUGCCAAACUCAUGUUCAAGAUUGCAGAUGAAGAGGCAAAGAAAAGGUCUAAACCUUUACGAGUUAAAAAGCUUUAUGUAUUGUCUGCUUUACUUGUUGAACAGUAUCAUGAACAAGUAAAAAAUGCACAGAGGGGAAAAGUUAAAGGAAAGAGUUCAGAGGCUACUUCAGCUUUAGCUGGUUUGCUAGAGGAAGAUGUUCUUUCUUCAGCUAAUCGCCUCACCGAUAAUGCAUGGCGAGGAGCUGAGGCUUAUCAUUUUUUUAUACUUGCACAAAGACAGCUCUAUGAAGGUUAUGUAGACACAGCAAUGAAAACAGCCCUUCAUCUGCGAGAUUAUGAAGACAUUAUCCCUGCAGUUGAGAUCUAUUCCCUUUUGGCUGUCUGUGCCUGUGCCAAUAGAGCAUUUGGUACUUGUUCAAAAGCCUUUGUCAAACUGGAAUCCUUAGAAACCCUUAGCCCUGAACAGAGACAGCAAUAUGAAGAUCUUGCCCUGGAGAUAUUCACUAAACAUUGUCCUAAACAUACCAAAAAAUCUGAUCUGGAUGGUCUUCUAGAGGGUGGAGAAGAGAAACUUCCAACAUGUGUUGCAACAGGAAGAUCUAUCACAGAGUAUCAGUUCUGGAUGUGCAAUGUGUGCAAGCACUGUGUGCAGGCCCAAGAAAUCAGCAAUUAUAACUUCUGUCCUUUGUGCCAUAGUUCAGUGACAUAGUAUGGGGAAAAUUGUAAGUGUCCCCUUGUGUAUGUUACACCUCAAACCAUUACAAACAUAAAAAGACUUCAAAGUGUGUAUUGAAAUGUAAUACAGGCACUGUUACAAAAUGUUAGUAAGAUUAUUAGAGAAAAUAUUUUUCAGAAAGAAACAAUAACUAGAGUACUGAAAAAAAUGUAACUGUUAACCCAUUUUUAUAAAAAGGGUUAAGGUUUUUUUUUUUUUCCUAACUGUGAACAGGGCCUAAUACUAAAACCAACAAAAACUGAUGUGUGUUUAUCUGUCUUUCCUUUGAAACACUCUCAGGGCUUGUCUACUCGGGGAAGUUAUUAGGUGGCAUGCUAGGGUAUAAAUCUAAAAUACAAAGCAGAGUAAUUGCUAUCUCCCCACACGUGUGUUUGUAUUGUGCGCCAAAAGUGGCCUAUGGAGUGUUUAAGCUUAAUGCACUUUAAACUGUAUUAAACUGUCUACAGGGGGGAGUUAAUACAGAACAACUAGUGCACUGUAACACCCUAGCUUGCUGUUCAUUAACUGCCUCAUGUAGAUAAGCCCUUAGUUAUAGGAACUUCAUUCUUCAUUUUUAUAAUAUACGGUUAGUUUUUAUAUAUUUUUCCCAAAAUACAGACAGACUCUUGGAGUAAAGAAUUUCCAGCUGGAACCAAUGUUCAAGUAGCACUCUUUAUAACCUUUGUAUCGUGUUAUACAUUUUCCUAUAACUUUUUUACUACAAUGAUAUUUUAGUCAUUAUAUUUAGGACUAAAUAUUUAUGUUGCAUUAUUUUUCUAAACAUAUUUAGAAGUAAAGUAGUUCCUUUGUUGGUAUAAGAGGUGAUCUGCCAAGAAGCUAGGAUUUAUAACCUGAAUUCUUGGGUGCUCUCUUUUGAAUAUUAACCAUUUGUUUGACCUUUGUGUAUCCACAUUGAAUCACCCAAGGUUAGUAAUAACAAAAACCAGGUACCAGCUGAUAGCUCUUAAUGAACUAUAUGAUUACAAAUUAGCAAACUCAAUCAACUGGCAGAUAGUGUGUCCAUAUACCACUGUCACAGUUGUCAUCUUUAUUUGGCAGUGUGAAUGGCAAUUGAAGAAUAUGGUGACUGAAUUAAGCUGUCAUUCAUCUAAAUUUGUAGAAUGGAGCUACACUGAGGGCAGAGUGUAAAGCUUGUACAGGUUGGACCUCCCUAGUUUGGCACCCUCGAGACCUGACCAGUCCUGAACGAGGGAGGAUGGGAGAGACCUCCCCUUGUCCAACAUGUCCCAUGCUAAACUGCUGCCCCUGCUAGGGCACCAGCCCAGCACCACUGUAUCCUGCCUGGCCAUGGCUCCCUAGGAUGAAGCUUCCUAGCUGCUGCAGGGGGCCAAAGCUCUGGCCGGGGCUUCUUGGCUGCUACCUGACCCCGAGCUCCACAGCCACUGCUGACCCUUGCUAUUUCCUGGCCAUGGGUGUAGGACUCUCCACUGUGCCUCCCACUCCUCUGUGUCUCCCCCGCCAUGGGGCUCCCUGCUGAGUCACCGCCUGCCACGCUCCUGCCCCACAGCCCGACCUCUCUAUACUUGGACUCAGUGGUCCAGCAACAUCCUUAGUCCUAUCAGACUAGGGAUGUUGCCGGACUAAAGACUCCCGGUUACAGGAGGUACAAUCUGUAUUUCAACUGUACAUGUUUCAGCUGUACAUAGAAUGCUUUAAUUUCAGUCUUAUCAGUCUGGUAUCUUUCACAGGCACUACAUUCACUUUGAGGAUUAUAAUUGAAGAAAGAUAGUCAGGAAUCUUCUUUUCUCUUGGUUUGUCUUUCUGGGUGAAAAAUUACCUUUGUAAUAUCCAGAAGUUAAAUCUUGGGUUCUUUUGAAUACAGUGAACCCUCGCUACUUCGCGGUUCGACUAUCGCGGAUUCACGACUUCGCGGACUUUUUUCAUUACAUUAUGUAU